AUGAGCGCCCCACCAUCGGACACCAUGUCCUUCCCGGGCCAUCUUAUCAAGUUCGCAGCUUUCGACGUAACAUCUCAAGUCUUUCACAUCACCAAGUACUCCUUCGCCAUCGUGAACCUCAAACCUCUCCUCCCGGGCCACAUUCUCGUUUCUCCUCUCCGCGUCAAGCCUAGUCUCGCAGAUCUCACAAAGGACGAAAUCAGCGAUCUCUUCAACACUGUCACCCGCAUCGAGCGCACACUUAAGCGCGUCUACAAAGCUGAAGCUUUCAACGUUGCAGUUCAGGAUGGAGAGGCAGCGGGACAGAGUGUGCCGCAUGUACAUUGUCAUGUGAUUCCGAGGACUAAAGGUGACCCGGGCGAGGGUGACAAGGUGCAUGAGUGGCUCGAGGGUGAGGAGGGAAAUGUUGGGAAGCAUCAGAAAGAGGCAGCGAAGAGGGCGGCCGAGUGGGCAAAGGAUGAAGAGAGGAGGCCACGCAGCAAGGAAGAUAUGGACAAGGAGGCGCGUUGGUUGAGAGAGGAGAUUGAGAAGGACGAGCUGGACCCUAAGGCUGCUGCCAAAGACGCAGGCAUCGACGAGGACGACCAGGCGCUGAGGUAUAUGGAGAAGUAUCAUUGA